GAAAAGUCAGACUGUCUCAAGCUAAAUCGUAAGCUUAGUUGGUUUGUGCGAAAAACCAAACUCUGAAUCUCAGUUUGUGUUUAAUCUUCACUGCCAAAAAACCAAAACAUACGUAAGCCUACUUAUGACUAAAGAUAACGCAAGCAUGGGAUCAGGGAGGUAAUACUACUAUAUUAAGCAGGACAUCUUGUUAUGAAGAAAAACUUGAGCUAAAGGCACAAUCCCCAUAGCAGGGACUGGAGGGAACAACCCAUCUUUACAACCAAAGCCCAUGUCUUCCACAUUGAUCCUAAAACCAAGAGGUCCUGGAUCCCUGCAAGUAGUCAGGCUGUUAAUGUUAGCUUCUUCUUUGACAGCACAAGAAAUCUCUAUCGCAUAAUAAGUGUUGAAGGAACCAAGGCUGUUAUAAAUAGCACAAUUACUCCAAACAUGACAUUUACCAAAACCUCACAAAAAUUUGGUCAGUGGUCAGAUAUAAGGGCAAAUACUGUUUAUGGACUUGGAUUUGGAUCUGAACCAGAGCUUAACAAAUUUAUAGAGAAAUUCCAAGAGGUUAAGGAAGCUACUCGACUGGCAGCUCAGCAGAAACCACAACAGUCUCAGACAAAUGGAGGUGGCAGUGCUCCUUUGAAUACAACAACAGGAGGCACUUCUCCAGCUAGUGGAAGGAGUCAACAGAAACAAGCACCAGUGGAGACUACUACAACAGAAGAGCUAACAAUUAGCGACCAGAUGGAGCAAAUAAACCUAUCUUCUUCUUUCUCAGCAACUACACAAAAUGAUAUCAACACUAUGAAGUCCCCUCUUGUUGCUCACCAAAGAAGCCAAAGUCUAUCUGGCCUUCAGGCUACUAAAACAGCAGAAAGUCCUAAACAUCAGCCAAAGGAUGAGUCGAUUGUAGCAAGUCUUCCUCAAUCAACUGUUGAGGCUCAACUACGGUAUGAGAAUGAUAGGCUCAAACUAGCACUUGCUCAGAGUUCAGCCAAUGCCAAAAAGUGGGAGGUAGAACUACAAACAUUGAAGACUAACAAUUCACGUUUGACAAAUGCAUUACAAGAAAGUACAGCUAAUGUUGAAGAAUGGAAAAAACAGUUACAUAGUCUCAAAGAAGAGAAUGCUAAGAUGAAAAACAGAGCAGCAGAACUAGAAAGUAAAAAAGGAGAUGCAAAUGGUAUAGCAGAUCUCACAAAAGAGAUAGCUUUUGCUCAGUCAAGAUCUGAAACACUUGAAAAUGAGGUGAAAAAAAAGGAGAAGGAUAUAGAAAUUCUGAGAAAGAAAUUAGAAGAACAGUCUGGUAAUCAGAAGGUAGAAGAGAAAUUGAAGAGCCUACUCUUGGAAAAUGAUAGCCUCAAAACAAGCAUGAACAAACUUCAGGAACAGUUGGAUACAGCUAAGAUGGAUAGUAAGACAAAAAAAGGAGCACUGGAACAGCUGAACCAAAGGCUUGCUCAGAAGGUUCAAGAAUUCAGAGAUAUUCAGCAGGAACUUGCAUCCAUCCUUAACUCCUGAUACAGCCCACCAGAUCAGUCUACUAUACUGGUCACAAUUUCAUACAUGGAAGCAGCUUUGUUCGUUAGAAAAAACUUUGUUCAUGGUAACCAGAGAGUAGCACCAGUCUCUGGUAGAAGUAUCAAAGCUGUACACCAGUUUCAAGUCAAUUUUCACUCCAGUUAAGUGUCCACUGAGAUGUUACAAACACAACGAUAAUAAACACUGUUAGAAUUUAUUUCUUCAUUGGUUAAUUAUUUAAAGUGAUAGUAAGUGCAAUCUGGAGUGCAUAAUUUUGAAAGAUACAAGGUAUAAUUAAUUCUUUAAUUAAAGUUAUAGUCAAGAAAAUAUUUAUUGCUGUAUUGAUAGGAAGUCUCAAUCAUGAGUUACUAUCUUCCUUUGAGAAGGAGUUUAUAUUCCUCAAUAGUGAUUAUAAAUAAUUUAAAGAAAUUGUACACAGUUUUACCCACCUGUUACAAGAGUGCUCAAAUAUUAGAUUAAUUUAUCAUUAACAGGAACUAGAAUAUACUUUUCUUUUCUUGAUAAGGAGAGUAUGUUGUAAUAGAGUUUCAAGAAAAUAACGUAAUGACUGAGAUUGCCAUUUGUCAGUACCCAGUAUGCUGAUGAUAAUUUUGUGUUGUUGCCCUAUAAGAAAUAUACUACCAAUUAUUUGGUUCUUAGUGUUGUUUUUGCCUUUCUGUCCAUGUUGCAUAU